AUGACCGCCAAUUUCACCCAUUCCGCAUUCGGCAUCACCUGGCUGAAUGAGACUCUCCCGCCAUUUACGACCCCUCGAUAUUUUCUUGCCCCUUUCAAGCUGGAGAUGAACAGCAGAGACUCUUUGUAUACCUCCGAGAACGUCACUGCCACCACCCGCCUAUACAGCGUCGAUAUCUAUUGCAAGCCCGCCACAAUUUUCACGCCACAAGACGAGUCUGAGGUCACUGGCAGCAGUGCCUUCUCGUCCAUCGCCAAGUCCUACUACAUGAACCCUACGGGCUGCAAAGUGGUGUUGGGAUGGAAGGAGAAGUACACAUCUUUCUACGCUGGAUGCAACGUCAAUCCCGACUACACGAACUACUAUCUGAAGCCGUAA